AUGUCGCGCAAUAAUCAGAAGCAUGUCGACGCCGGUAUCAAGCAGCUCGUAGGGCACAUCAUUCCCAAGGCCAGAAGAGAGGAGGAUAGGCUCUUCGUCCAAGAUACGGUGGACGAGCACAUCGAGCUGGCACAUGCGAUCCUCAAUGACAACUCGUCCCCCGCUAUCUCUGCCGACAGCAACCAUGCCCACGACUUGAUUAAGAAGAAGCUGGUCCAGACUAAUCCAAGUGCUGCCUUGCGAUUCACAAACCUGUACACACGCCUGCUUUCUGUUCCGGUGCUCCAGCAAAAAUGGGCCAUUCUAUAUCUUUUGUAUCAGCUCGCCGACUCCCCCGACCCAGAUGAACCCCUGCCUCUCGAGGCCUUGAGACAAAUCGCUGGAAAUAAGAGGGUCGAGGCCAUACGGCGUAGCGAGACGGAACCAGCUUUGCAAUCUUCGAAAAGCCCCUCGAGGGAAGACGAGCAGUUUAGGGAAGCUUUCCAACCUAGUGGCCUGAAGAAGUUCCCGCCGGAGGAGGCGAGACGGGACCGAUUUGGACCCGCCGGAAACCUCGCUUCUGCGAGAUCUACCGAGGACAGUCUCAAGCUACCGGCCACACUUCCGCCUCCCCUGAUAUCUCUCCUGCAUAGCCUGGCCGAGCCAUCACUCCUGUACAAGAGCCUCACAGACUGGGUCAAGACCCCUGCAGGAGGGCUCCUGGGGCAAAGCCUGCGGGCGGCAGUGAACGAGGAGUUGAGGGCUUACUUAAGCCUGAUAGCCACUCUGGAGGGUCAGAUCCGGCGCGCACUAUCCUCUCUAGAUGAGUCGGCGCCACGAAAUGGUAUCGGGAAGGCUGGGGUGACGUUGAAACGGAUGGUCGUUUGGACCCGAGAGGCAACGAUGGGCCUGCGGCUUUUGAGUCUGAUCGCAGAGGAAUCGAAAAGCAAGAAGGGCGGCCAGCUGAUCACCUUGAUCCAUGGCUUCUCUACGUCACACGGCGACCCCAUCGUUGCAGCAUUUGCAGAGCGCCUGCUGGGCUCCGUGACGAGACCAUUUUACGACAUACUCCGACACUGGAUAUACGACGGAGAGCUGCAGGACCCCUAUCGGGAAUUUUUUGUGAAGGAACAGGAUCCCAAUGACGAGGAGCGGCAGGACCUCAAAGCUCGUGGCAUGAGUAGCGUCUGGAACGACAAGUAUGAGGUUGACAAGGGGAUGAUACCGAGCAUCACUACUGAUGACUUUGCCCAAAAGGUGUUUUUGAUCGGCAAGUCACUUAACUUCAUUCGGCACAGCUGUGGCGACGCCCCGUGGGUAGACGACUACUCAAAGUCUUCCUCCAAAGAACUUCGAUAUGGCGACACAGCAACACUCGAAGCGUGGAUUGACGAGGCGUACAAAACCACGAUGAAACGCCUGAUGGAUCUGAUGACGGCCAAAUUCCACCUCUUCCACCAUCUCAAGGCCCUGAAGAGCUAUCUCCUGCUGGGGCAGGGUGACUUUAUCGCCCUGCUCAUGGAAUCCCUCGCAGCCAAUCUCGACCGACCUGCCGGUGCGCAAUACCGCCACACCCUCACAGCCCAGCUGGAACAUGCCAUCCGAGGCUCCAAUGCCCAAUACGAGUCCCCUGAAGUCCUUCGCCGCCUCGAUGCACGUAUGCUGCAGCUCUCCCACGGUGACAUUGGCUGGGACUGCUUCACGCUGGAAUAUAAGGUCGACGCACCGACAGAUGUUGUCGUCACCGAGUGGGGCAACAAGCAGUAUCUCAAGGUUUUCAACUUUCUCUGGAAGAUCAAGCGGGUAGAGUUUGCCCUCUCGUCUACGUGGCGAAGGUGUAUGACAGGCGCGCGGGGUGUUCUGCAGACGAAUGAUGGUGCGAUGCUUGAGACAUGGAAGGCUACGCGUGGUGUGCUGGCAGAGAUGAUUCACUUUGUCGGCCAGCUGCAGUACUACAUCCUGUUCGAAGUGAUUGAGUCCAGCUGGGACGAGCUGCAGAAGGGCAUCGCCAAGGACGACUGCACGCUGGACGACCUGAUCAAAGCACACUCCAAGUUCCUCAACUCUAUCACGCGCAAGGGUCUGCUCGGCGCCAAGCGAAAGUCAUACCACGAGCCAUCAGCCGCGGGGGGCGAGGACCGGAAUGGCUACCUUGUUCAGCUCAAGGAUAUCCUCGACAACAUGCUGUCGUACCGAGAUUCAGUCGAUGGACUCUACUCAUGGUCCGUCUCAGAGUUCACGCGCCGGCAGGAGGCGGACGUACGUACGAGCUCGGCCGCCACAACGGGCUUCGGGACGGGCGCGUCCACCUUGGAUGACCCCUUCGCCUCAUUCGGCUCGGCCGCCGGGCUGGUCUCGGAACUCCCUGCUCUACAAGAACGAUUGAAGAUGCUGGCCACCGCCUUUCAGAAGCAGCUGUGCGCCCUGCUCGGGGACUUGGCGUACCAACCCGACGUGGACCUCCGAUUCCUAGGCGUCGCGAUGAAUUUUAAUGAUGCCUAUGUGCCCAUGAGACCCAAGUCGAGCAGGCACCAGGGAGCGGGGUCAGCGGCUGCAGUGCCUGGGUCGGCGGCGCCUGGGACGGCGAGAAGCGAGGUCGACAGGACGAGGUUGGGAUGA